UAAAAAUGGGAAACACCCUCUCUGGAUUGAAACAAGAAGAUGUUGAACAAAUGAUGGCUACAACCAACUUCACUGAAAGUGAAUUAAGACGUUUAUUCCGUCGUUUUAAAAAAUUGGGAAUGAAAGCUAAAGAAGGUGCCUCUGAAGAAUAUGAUGACCUUGCUGAAUUAACUUCUAACCCAGUUCUUCAAAGACUUCUUGAAAUCUUCAAUCGUUAUGAAAAUGAAGAGGUACAAUUCUCUCAAUUUGUUGCAACCCUUUCAACCCUUUCUGAUAAAGGAAGUCAAGAAGCAAAACUUAGAUUUGCUUUCCAAGUGUAUGAUGUUGAUAAUGAUGGUUUUAUAUCAAAUCCAGAACUAUUCAAAGUUCUUAAAAUGAUUAUUGGUAGUUCUUUUACUGAUGAACAAUUACAACAAGUGGUUGAUAAAACUAUUAUCGAAGCUGACAAGGAUAGAGACGGAAAGAUUUCAUAUGAAGAAUUCUGCAGUAUUAUCUUAAAGAACUCUGAAAAUAUUGGAGAAAAACUUACCAUUAAUUGGCAAUAA